CAAAUUGUCCUGGUUUAACUAUAAAAUAUUGUGAAGUUCCUACUGAAACGAAUCAAAAGAAGGUCAGAUCUCAAUUUGCCACCAUAAAAAGAGUCCACACUAGGCUGACUUAACUUUGACAUCGGUGAUGUUUUAGGUAACAAGAACACUCGCAAUUAACCCCAAUUAGUCUCUAAUCAGUUCCAUUCCAGCCGCUGCGUAAUUCUGCUUCAGGUUUUGGCACGAACAGUUUCCAGGAGUCUCGGAGAUGACAGCAGCGCUGUAGAUGCUGGUGCUCAGAGACUCACGCAGCGGUCCUCCCACCUCACCAAAGCUCCGGAGCGAGGCUUAAGGGAGCAGGAAUUGUUCUUUUUAAUCAGCCGAUGAAUGGGAUUUUGCCGUGCGCUGUCUCUGCGUGGAAGUGGAGAAAGCGUAGUGUUUUUUUUCCCCAAACACUGAGAGCCGAGGUGGAGAACCUGCGCCAGUGACAGAUCAGCGGCAGGGCGCAGCGGGGAAGUAAAUAAACCAACUAUUGUGAGCAGUCCAGAGGCAGGAUCUCACAACUGGCGGAGCAGCGACUAAAUAGGCGGCUGUAAUUUCCAAACGGAUGUGUUGUACUUUUUUAAUUUCUUCCUUGCUCCUGAUUUUAUCAUCCACUGCCACCAGAAUACUUUGAGGUUUCGGGCGGUUCGGUUCGAGGGAGUAUAUUGCAGCAGAGACUGACCAUGUGUCGUUGCGCCACAUAGACGGUCUUUGUGAGCUGCUCUGCACCGGGAGGGACAGGUGGUGCAUGUGUGUGUGCAUAUGUGAAUGCUGAGACUAGUUAAGGAGGACACUGGCACACACCAAUCCAUGAGACAGUUGUCUUAUGGAUGCCGGGAACAUUUUUUUUUUGCCAGAGACAGGUGCGGCAGGAAAAGCUCAAAGCUCAACACGGGAUCCGAAAGGGCACUAGAUCGCGCUCGGAUAUUUGGUACCAAGUAGGACACAGACAAUUGAGCCAUACUAUUGUUGCCUCAGCUGCGCUUUUUCCUCACGGUUAUCAGAGAAUCCACAGUUGUGUUGCAAUGGCAGCAGGGGUCUCUCGCUCCUUGAUCCUGAUGUGUUGGUUCCUCCGAACAGCCAGCCUGGCAUUCCCAGAGGAACCCGGACCCCUGAACUUCAUCCCCACUGAAGUGGUGAGAAGAUACCCCGUGUUUCUGGGUCGACCACACCGAACAUGGCUUAGACAAGAGCCUCUGCACAUCCAGAGGAUCAUCCAGGUCAACCGGACGCUCUACAUCGGUGCCAGGGAUGAUCUUUUCCGGGUGGAGUUAGACAACAGUGCAGGGGAUGAGAUGUUUUACAGCAAAAAAAGAACAUGGGAGUCGAACAAAAAUGACAUCAGGAUCUGCAGGAUGAAGGGCAAACAUGAGGAUGAAUGCCGCAACUUUAUCAAGGUGCUGCUCAGCAGACAGGGAGGCCUGUUUUUGUGUGGCACUAACGCCUUCAACCCACUCUGUGCCAACUACACUGGUGACACUCUGGAGAUGAUAGGAGACCCGGUCAAUGGAAUGGCAAGAUGCCCUUAUGACCCCAAACAUGCCAACGUGGCUCUUUUUGCUGAGGGGAAUCUGUUUACAGCUACGGUGACAGACUUCCUGGCCAUUGAUGCGGUGAUUUAUCGCAGCCUUGGGGACAGCCCCGCUCUGCGCACCAUCAAGCACGACUCCAAGUGGUUCAGAGAGCCCUAUUUUGUGAGUGCUGUGGAGUGGGGACCUCACAUCUACUUCUUCUUCAGAGAGAUAGCAAUGGAGUUCAACUACUUGGAAAAGGUGGUGGUGUCUCGCGUUGCCCGUGUGUGCAACCGCGAUCAAGGCGGCUCGCAGCGUGUCCUGGAGAAGCAGUGGACGUCAUUCCUCAAGGCCCGGCUCAACUGUUCCAUACCUGGAGAUUCACACUUCUAUUUCAACCUGCUGCACUCCACCAGUCCAAUCAUCAGGAUGCACGGCAGGGACAUCAUCCUGGGCGUAUUCUCCACACCGGCAAACAGCAUACCGGGUUCGGCUGUGUGCGCCUUUGACAUGGAGCAGCUGGCUGCCGUGUUUGAUGGAAGGUUUAAGGAGCAGAAAUCUCCGGAGUCUAUUUGGACGCCUGUUCCAGAUGAACUCAUCCCAAAGCCAAGACCUGGUGGCUGUGCUGUUCAAGGAUCCAAGUUUAAUUCCUCCAACUCAUUCCCCGAUGAGAUGCUGAACUUUGUCAAGACACAUCCUCUGAUGGACGAAGCUGUUCCAUCACUCGGACAAAGACCUUGGAUUGUGAGAACCAUGGUCAGGUACCAGCUGAAUAAGAUUGUGGUGGACACAGAGGCCGGGCCUUACAGAAACCGCACCAUCCUCUUCCUUGGGUCAAGCAGAGGAACCAUCCUCAAGUUUCUUAUUAUGCCAAACCAAGACAACACAGUGACCAGCAGCAACAUCUUUCUCGAGGAACUGGAAGGAUUUAACCCUGACAGGUGUGCUGAGGACUCCGUGCAAGCCAGGCAGCUGUUGUCUCUCACUCUGGACCGGGCAAGCCACACGCUGCUCCUCGCCUUUCCCUCCUGUGUGGUCAGAGUGCCGGUGGCCCGAUGCCAGCUCUACUCCCGAUGCAUGAAGAACUGCAUCGCCUCCAGGGACCCGUACUGUGGCUGGACCAGAGGAAGCACCUGCUCCUUCCUCAGACCUGGAACCAGACUGCCAUUUGAGCAAGAUGUUGAACACGGAAACGUGGGCCACUUGGGUGACUGCGACGGAAUACUGUUUCAGGAGAGUUUCAUCGAGGAGCCAGACGGCCUGGUGUCUGUAAACCUGCUGGUGGUAUCUGCCGUUUCAGCCUUCUCCACAGGAGCCAUACUCUCUGGUCUCACUGUCUGCUGGAUCAUGAGCCACCGCCAUAGGAACUCCCGCAGUCCUGGAGCCAGCGGUGCCCGACGCAAAAAUGACAAAGAGCAGAGCAUGCUGGGGCAGGGUCGCAGCGGGUCGGUGAUGAGCGUAACCAGAACAAGCGGAGGUGAGAGACGGCGCUCGCAGCCAGAUAAUCUGUUCGUGAUGCCUAACGGUUGGCCCAAAGGAGAGAUGGACCCAGGUUUACUGCCAACUCCUGAGCAGACACCACUGCAGCAGAAAAGAGUCAUGCGACUCCCAGACACCGACUGGGACCAGAGCCAGACUUUCCUUGCCUCUGUGGGAAACCCCUGCCCCAACAAUGCCGUCAUCUACCUGAGCUCAAAGUUCCUGCAUGGGGGCGGAGGAGGAGGAGGUUUGGUACGGAUAGAGGACCCUGGGGAGGUGGUUCUGCCCCUACACUCAGAUCGCCAGCGUUAUCUCAUCCUUGCCACCCAAAGAGGGGAGCACGGAGGCAGCCGUCCCACCGGCAGCCUAAGGAACUCAGCAGGGGAGUAUAUCUACCCUGCCACGCCACAAGAUUCGCCCGAUCGACGUAGGGUGGUGUCUGCUCCCACCCCACAUGUGGACUAUGGAGAGCCUCGCUGGAGUCACGAAGCGCUCAACUACAAUAGCAACAAUGGGAUGCCCUAUUAUGCUCAGCGCCAGGGCCUCAUCAGGCCAGACAUGCAGGGGCCUCGAGGCCUGGGAGACCUGGCCGACUUCAGCCAUCUCAUGGGGAAGAACAUGGGAGAGCACGCCCCCAGUGGCCAAUGAGUUGAUGUCGGUGUGAGCCCCCUGUCUGCAUGCCCUUCGAUGAUGAACUUCGAUGCUUCGAGUUCAGAGACGGGGACUAAAGGGAAGUAAGAGGUGUCAUCAAGCUGCUCCCAUCCAAGCCAACGUGUGAGAGGAAUGAGCACAAAGCAAGAUUCCAGUUUUUGUAAACUUAUAGAUGUAUUUAGUCGGCAUUAAGCUUUUGUUUGCUUUUUUUUAACUCUUGUUUGUUUUUGUGGUAGAUAUUUGGUUUAAAACGUCUAUGGGAUGUUACUGUAUACGAUUUCAGUUUCAAUUCUUUGGUGUGCCAAAUUCUUUUAAUUAUAACAAUGAAGCUGAAUCUGAUGACUAUUAUUAUUAUUGUUAUUAUUAUUAUGAUUAUGAUUAUUAUGAAGCAGUACUGUGAGCACCGCAGUGUUGUGUCCAGUUUGAAUGCUGAAUUACAAGAACCGAGGAAGUGAAUUAACUUAAAAAGAUUAAUGUGGAGUCUCCUGCUACUGUGAAGGAUCCUCGUCAACCUGUAGCCCUCACCAGAGGCUGAGCCCCCUCCUAGUCAGCCCAAAGAUGGGGGGUUUGAGGGCAGUAGGGGCCUCGGGAUGGCUGUCAUCAGAUGGCAACACAUGUCCCUGCUAUGUGUACAUAACCUAAAUGCUUACAUGUAAUUUCAGUGCAGUAGCUGCAUGACAACACAGCCUCCGUGUGUGUGUACUGAAGUAGCGAUGUGUGAAUUUGUACCGUACAUGCAGGUGUGUGCGCUCGUGUCUGCAAACAAAUUUGUCUCGUCACACAAAACAACCACACCAACAUGCAUGCCCCCUCCGACAGUUGCACAGCACUCAUGCAAACACAUGAAAGAUGGACUCAUUCCAGCAGUUGUUCACCAUCCUCCACAAUGUCCUGAGCUCUGCCUGUCCCUCCGCAUGGAGACUUGCUCUAUGUUAAUUUUCUUAUUCUAAUAAACCGCUCAGACAUUCUUGUCUAAGUUGUGAUCAUUGA